UCUCCUCUCCUCCAGCUUCCCCCCCCUCCCCACCAGCCCACACCUCCCGACUGCGGAACAAGCAACCCCGGCUCUGUGAGCCUUGGUCUGUGAAGGAGAGAGUGGACGCGUGGCGGACACCAGCGGCCGAGACGAUGAACAGCCUGGCUUCCCUGGACAGACACGUCCAGCAAACCAAUGACCGGCUCCAGUGUAUUAAACAGCAUCUACAGAACCCUGCAAGUUUCCAGACCGCUGCCCAGGAACUGCUGGACUGGUGUGAUGAUCCUCGUGCCUUCCAAAGAGCCUUUGAGCAGAGUCUGAUGGGAUGUUUAUCGGUCGUGAGUCAUGUGUCAACACAGCAAGGCUAUGAUGUGGAGCUGGGUUACCGGCUGCUAGCGGUUUGCACUGGCCACAGGGAACGCUUCAGCCCCAAGUGUGCAGCAUUGCUCACCUCGUGGAGCGAGGACCUGCGUAGACUUCUCCUCCUCCACCACCAGGCUAGCCGCUCCAACAACUCGGCCGUUAAGCUGCCUGGCCCGCCCUCCAUGAACUCCAUGAAGCCUUCGCUUCCGCCCACACCGCACAGUGACGGCUCAUUCACAUACAAUGAUUCUGUUCCUUGGCAACAGAGCUCCACUCAGCCUCCGCCCUCGCUCUCUGUGGUAACGACAGUAUGGGGAGUCAAUAACACCUCCCAGAGUCAGGUCCUAGGGUCUCCUAUGCCUCCGGGCGGGAACUCCAGCGGGAAUCACAUGACGUCCGGGAUACCCGGGAACGGUCCAGGAAUGAACUCCCCGCCGUACAUGGGACAGCAGGCGUUCCCAGCCACAGAGACGGCCUCGAGCAAGGCAUACAUGCAGCAAAGUAUGUACGGGCGACCCAACUACCCGGCAGGAGCAGCGUAUGGAGGAAGUUACUCUGCUGGCCCAAAUAGUUCGGGUGGGAUGGGAAUCCCAUCGCAUUCCCGGCCUCCCACGCACUUCACGCAGCCCGCUGCUGCUGCUGCUGCUGCCGCCGUUGCUGCAGCCGCAGCCACCGCUACAGCCACUGCUACCGCCACUGUGGCAGCUCUGCAGGAGAAGCAGAACCAGGAGAUGAGCCAGUAUGGACCGAUAAGUGCAGCGCAGUCUUAUAAUAACCAAUACCUGAAUCACUCUGGCCCCCGGGGCUCACCGCAGAUGUCCACAGGGAUGACCGCAGGAGGCAUGGCUGGAACGAUGGGCCCGUCGAGUAUCCCACACAUGUCCAUGAGCCACUCCAGAUCUCCUGGUAUCAAUCCCAUGUUCUGUGCCCAAAGCCAGCGCAUUCCCCAGCCUGGGUACGGAGCUUCCAGAAGUGCACAACAGAUGCCUGGGCAAGGAGUCAAGAGGCCAUACAUCAGUGAGCAAAGCUACCCUGGUCAACAGUACGUGGCGAGCAGCCAGUACUCCAGCCAGCCCAGCCAGUACCCACCCUCCAACCCCCAGCGGUCCAUCCCAUCUCCCAACUACCCAGCACACAGGAUGUCAAGUCAGCAAAGCAGUGGGCAGUACCCAGUGCCCCCAGCAGCGAUGAGUCAGUACUACAAGCCAUCUGAGAAAUAUAACGGGCAGAGUAACAGCUUCAUGUGUGGCAGCUACAGCCCGGCCAACAUUACUGGGCCUUCCAGAUCUAUGCCUGGUUACCCCAGCUCCCCCAUCUCGGGCAACCCAACUCCGCCCAUGACUCCGGGAAACAGCAUUCCUCCUUACAUGUCACCAACCCAGGAUGUCAAAUCACCCUUUCUCCCCGACAUCAAGCCUAACCUGAACAGUCUCCCACCUCCCCCAGCAUCAAACCCGGCAGAUGAGCUACGGCUGACGUUCCCAGUGCGUGACGGUGUGGUGCUGGAACCCUUCCGCCUGGAACACAAUCUAGCUGUCAGCAACCACGUCUUCCACCUCCGCCACUCCGUACACCAGACGCUGAUGUGGAGGCCUGACCUGGAGCUUCAGUUCAAGUGUUACCACCAUGAGGACCGACAGAUGAACACUAACUGGCCAGCCUCGGUCCAGGUCAGCGUGAACGCCACUCCUCUCUGCAUUGAACGAGGUGACAAUAAAACCUCCCACAAGCCGCUGUACCUGAAGCACGUGUGUCAGCCUGGGAGGAACACAAUCCAGAUCACGGUUACCGCCUGCUGUUGUUCACAUCUAUUUGUGCUACAGUUGGUUCACAGGCCGUCAGUGCGGUCAGUAUUACAAGGCCUCCUGAAGAAGAGACUACUACCUGCAGAGCAUUGUAUAACUAAAAUUAAACGGAAUUUCAACAGUGGUGUGGUGUCUUCCGGUAACCCGGGACUGAACGGGGAGGAUGGUGUGGAACAGACAGCAAUUAAAGUCUCAUUAAAAUGUCCGAUUACGUUCAGACGGAUCCAACUCCCAGCUCGAGGUCACGACUGCAAACACAUACAGUGCUUUGACCUCGAGUCCUACCUACAGUUGAACUGUGAACGAGGAACAUGGCGAUGUCCGGUCUGCAAUAAAGCUGCCCUGCUAGAGGGGCUGGAAGUCGACCAGUAUAUGUGGGGCAUCUUGGCUGCCAUUCAAAACACGGAGUUUGAGGAGGUUACGAUCGACCCUACGUGCAGCUGGAGGCCGGUACCAGUGAAGUCGGACAUCCACAUAAAGGAUGACCCUGAUGGCCCCGUGGCCAAAAGAUGCAAGACCAUGAGUCCCAGUCAGAUGAUCAUGCCCAAUGUGGUGGACAUGAUUGCAGCCCUUGGUCCAGGAACAUCUUAUCCCUCGCUGCCACCAGGGGGCAUCAGUAACAGUGACUACACUCACCAGAAUUCGGUUUAUUCUGGGCAGGGGAACUUUCCCGAUUUUCCCCAUGGCAAUUCUACCAACACGCCCAUUAACGAGUUUAUGCAUGGGCCACCCGUCAACUAUCCAUCAGACAUCCCUAAUAUGACUCCCGACAAACCCCUUGGACACUCCAUGUCAGAUCAGAUUCCGCAUUCUGCUACAAUAGAUCCAUCUCACCCUUCUAUGCAGCAAGGAAUCCAUGUAGCCCACCUUGGUAACCAGUCAGGGCAGCUACUGCACCACAGAAGCCUGGCCCAGCACUCACGGCAACUCCAGCAGACCGGCUCCAAUGUCCACUCCCACAGUGAAUUAACCUUCAAUCCAUCCUCAGUGAUGGAAGGUCAACCAGGAGGUCAGGGAGCAGCUGAUGUUCCAGAGCCUUCUCUGGAACUUCUUCCAGAGAUUACAAACCCAGAUGAGCUGCUUUCCUAUCUAGGACCACCAGACAUGCCAAACAACAGCAACGAUGACCUUCUCUCCUUAUUUGAGAACAACUAAAAUUCUUCCUUUUUGUCCACCAUAUUAACUCGAGCUUCAUCGUCUUUGAAGCUCAAUUGAGACUCCACACUGCCUUGCACUGUUGACAGUGAAAACCUAUUGACAGAUAUCUCUGUGGACAGUACUGGUAGGAGAUCCUGCAAACCCCAUUGUAAAAUGCCAUCACAUUUUAGAAUGAUAGAACACAGAACAGAUUUGAAAUGUUGACAAACUAGAAGAAUCCAGCUAAUACGAAAAUCUAAUUUCUACCAAUAGUUGUCAAAGAAUCGGCGGAAUAAUUUUUUGCCACAAAUCUUGUCCGGAUUUCAAGGCAUUUGAAGGCAAAAGGAAGGGAAGACUUCAAUGCAGCAAUUAGCCUUGGAGCCACUAAUUGCAGUUUUGUUAUUCAGUUCAGCAAUCUUGUGGAUUAUUCUCCACGUUCACUAUUGAUGCAAGGACCGUGACUUCCUCGGGACUUAAUGCCUCGCUCCAUGAGGAAGUUGAAAAACAACAGAAUUUGCGAGCUCCCCUUUUUUCAAGUACAAUAACUUUCAAGGAUACCCAGUCAUCAGAGAUGAUGGAGACACACUAACUACAUCCACAAAAAUCACUGAAGAAAAUGCAAAAAAAAAAACAAAAAAAUCAUGCUCGAGUACAAAACAAAAGCACAAAUGAUUCUUAGAGACCAAGGUAGGGACACUACAGCACUGAGGGGAAGAAAGGAUUUCUUCUAGCUGUAAUGAAACAGUAUCACUGCCUGCAUUUCACAACCUGUGGUAAAGAUGUUGGUUGUCGUUUAUUAUAAUAUAAAAGUACAAGUACACAGAGGUGAUUAAAUGACAUUUCUGCGUUGUUAUCCCGUUUCAAUUGACCUAACCCUUUUACCAUUUUUGUUCAUUUAAAAAAAGAGCAUUCCACAUUUUUUAUGUAGACUUAUCUGAACACACCAAUGCUGUUCUACAGGCUGUGUCUUUUGUACCAAGUCCAUGUGGCACCAAAAGUUUUUUAAAAUAUCUAAUGUACUGUAGAAUUGGCAAAUUAAAUAACAUCACCCACUGAUUAUUAGUGAUUUUAAUGCUAGUGAUGAGCGAUUACAGGUGAAAGAACCCAUUUUCCUUUUAUACACUGUGAUGAGAAAGAUUGUUUAAAACAAUACAAUGAUUGCAGAAAUUAAUCAUCAUCCUGAAAUUUGUAUUUACAGAUUACUUCCAUAACCUUUCAGGGUGGGUGAAGGGUGAAGAAAAGGGGAAUGGAAAAUGUACAUUCCUUUUAGUCCUGUUGAGCUACAGCUGUUCAGGAUAUCUGUCGAUUAUUUAAAAUGGUUGAGAUAAGUUAAUUAAAAUUGUUUAGGUUUCAUUUUAAGUUUAUUGAAAUAAUCCCCUUUAUUAGGAUUAUAUAGGGUUGUAUUGAAAUUUAUAAGAUAAUAAAGCUCAUUGUUUCAUUUCUUUAGCUUUUUAUUUUUAAACCGUUGUUUCCUGUUAAAUUGACUUUAAAUGUCGUAAAUUAUUCUAUUCACAAAGUCUUGCUUCUACAUCAGUCCAACAUAGUGAUGUCGCUCAUCUGGAAUAUGAAAUAGGAUUAGAAAUCGAUGAAGUUGCAAUAAAGUCUUGAAUGCUGAACAUGCAGAAAGUGAUUUGGAUAAAGAUAGUUUUGGGUGGAACUCUUUCAUCAGCUCACAGAAUCAAGAGAAGCAUUUAAACAAAACAUGGGAAAUACUGGCAUAUCUGUGCCAGUUUUCACAAAGAUGAUCCUAAUUAAUUCUAUAGACAGAAAGGUGUUGCAAAUGUCAAAGGUUGCAACAGCGAAAGCCGUAGCACAAGUGGUAGAAUGUUAGGACAGUUGGAUGGGAUAGGAGUACAUCAAAUAUGCAAAAACAUCAGAUUUAGUGUCAGCUGUACAGCAAGGAAACAGACCCUUGCCCACCUUGUCCAUGCCAACCAAACUGGCAUAUUGUACCAGUCCCAUUUGCUUGCAUUUUACCCAUUAGCCCUCUAAACCCACCCUAUCUAUGCUGUUCACAUGCAAUGUGGAAAAUAAGACCCAAUCCACGAUACGAUACAAUAAAACUUUAUUCAUCCCCGGAGGGAAAUUGGUCUAAAACAAGAGGACAAGUUUUAAACAAGGAAAAGUGAUCGUAUCUCUAUAGGUCCCAAGUUUUGUUUUUUAAUCAACUACACACCAACUCGUAUAUUAAUUGUGUCUUAAAACAUAGGAAGCCAUUCAACCCGUCAAGCUGAUACUGGCUCUCUGAGCAAUCACAACAUGCCAAUUAUCCUUCUAGCCUUUUAACAAUGCCAUAGGGUUACACAGAAUAACUAAUUUAUAAUAUUUUAUCUUCUAGUUUCUGCCUUUGCAUGUUGUUUGUGUUAUAAUGUGGAAAGAUGUAAUAAUCUGUAUCUGAUGAGCUGGUUACAUAAUAUAUUUGAACAUUAGAGUACAGUAGCAAUAUCUUGUGCGUUUUAAUUAAAAUGAAAGUAGAGAUCUACACCAAGACCAACCAAAUCUUCUUCAAUAAGAUGCUAGAUUUCUGGAUCAGCAGCUGCAGGUUUUAAUAUCUCAAGAUAAUAGAAAGAUAGGGGAAAAUAGGCAAGCCUUUCCAGUCAUUGGACUAAAUCUAUCCACUAAUUCUAUAUACCUCAAUCUGCGCCUUACAAAACUUUGAUUUUGUAGUUUUAACAUUUUCAAUGAGCAAUCAAUUUCAAUACUUAUUAGAUAUUUACAGAUUUGCAGUACCCUAGAGUUAAUUAUACAGCGCGGAAACAGUCUCUUCAGUCCAAUUAAUCCAUGCCGAACACGUUGUCCAUCUAAGCUAGUCCCAUUUGUCACUCCUUAGCCCAUAUCCCUCUAAAUCCAUGUACCUGUCUAAAUGUAUUUAAAAUAUUCCACCCACCUCUACAACUUGCUGUGGAAGCUUGUUCCAUAUAUCCACCACCCUCUGCAAAUUCCAAAAUGCAAUUUGGCUGUUUACUUCUAUUAUCUUUCCUUAGAUCAAUGUCUAUUUUGAAAUGUCCUGGGUUUAAACAAAAAUCAUACACAGUAAGUACCUGGACAGCUGAGUCUUCCCUUCAAAAAUUAUUUACAUAUCUCUACUUUCUAGUCUUCCAAAACAUGUAUAUUCUUAAAGCAACCUUAAAAUGUAAAUAUAUGUACCAAGUCAGGUCUUCCACUUUGUCCUUCCUAGGACUAUGGCCUGUCACUUUUCUCAUUUAUGUAGGCUUGACCCAGCUUGCUUUCAACAUGUUUCAGCUCUAUAGCUUGGAUUCACAAUGUGCUGUUUCCACGAUAUACUGAUGCCAUUAAUGGAAUGUUAAUCAAGCCUAUUAAUGCACAUCCCAGUUUAACAUUAUAUUGGAAGUCUUCCCUUGUGGUACAUUUCUAUUUAUUUUUAAUCUGAAUUCACUAUAGUGCAUGUUCAACAUGAGACUCUUUGGAGUCUCCUUUAAACAUUCACACCUCAGAGUGCGACUUUGCUAUUUAAUUUACAGCUAACAGCAGUCAGCUAUCCGUUAUCUCCACAAUCUGUUAACAUUUAUCACUGUGUAAUUUCUUCACUAUACAACUAUAGUUUAUUUUUAUUGGAAGAAAUAUGCCACAAUAAUUCUUGUACAAGAAAUACUUGUGCUGAACCUGGUUUCCAGCGUGUGGCUGGCUGUAGAACAUACACCAAAUGCUGUGUGCAGAUAAAAUCCGUUGAUAUUUUCAGUAAAACAAUACUUGAUAAGAAAAUAACUUUACAAGUGCCAGUAAAACUUCUGAUUUUGGGAAAAUUAUUUUUUAUAUACCUAAAUGAUCCUCUUAUUAUUCUGCUCAAGUUAAGUUUGGAGUGCUUUAAAAUGUUACCAUCAGAUUAUCUAUGGAAAAUACAAGCAAAUUCUGUUUUUAAACACCAAAACAAUUGUCUAAUUUGCAUGCUCCUGCUUAAUACUGUAUAUAGUAUUCUGUGGUGGUCUCUGUUAAUGUGUAUUGUUGCCGUUAAAUACAUGCUUAAAACUCUUUAGCACCAAUAGAAAAGCUUAGUUGAGCCACAUGUUUGCAGAUUUAUCUCAAAUUCUGCUUCCAGUCCAACAUAUAUCACAGUUUCUUAAACAUUUUCUUUCUCCAAUAUGUAAACUUCAACCAAGGCAUAGUCUCCAGCUACCAACUAUCUACAAGUGACCUCUUGAAUACACAAAACCCCACUGAGAGUUCUCUAUUGAGCUUAAAUACCAACCCCCUCUCAAAAUAAAUCUGACUACUCAAGCUUUAUGCAAUUUUUACAAGCUAAUUAUAGACGUGUUUUAUUGGUGAGGGCAUUCAAUGGUAAUUAACAAAUGAUUUUAGUACAUUAAUUUCUUCCCUCCCUUGCCUAGAACCCCCAAAACAUCACCGAUACAUGUUCUCCAGAGAUGCUGCCUGACCUGCUGAGUUACUUUUUUUUCCGUAAACCAGCAUCUGCAGUUCAUUUUCUCUGAAUUCUUUAACAAUUGUCAUAUCCACAUUUUCUCCCCAAGUAAAAUUUACUAACAUGAUGCUGAAGAGAAUUCCAGGUACACUGCUUAACAUGCUAAUUACCUAUGCUAAUUUAUGCUAAUUACCUCCCUGUUUAAAUGUAUAUUGGAAGUUGUCCCUUGUGGUACAUUUCUAUUUAUUUUUAAUCUGAAUUCACUAUAGUGCAUGCUCAACAUGAGACUCUUUGGAGUCUCCUUUAAACAUUCCCACCUCCUAACAAAGGUCCAGCUUUGCUGAUCUGGAAUGGAAGGACAAGUAUCUUUGCUUUCAGAAUAAAGGUGGAACAUUUCUAGCCUAUGGCACCAUGCACAAAUAAAAGUGAGAUUUAGUCUGGAUGUUCUGUAUUUCAAGGUUCCUUUGCAAUGAUUUUCCCUUUCUCUUUGCUUUUUCUGGUCUUGGCUACAAGUAAUCACUGCAGUUAAAACAAGGUCAAUUGCUUACUAUUUUAUCAGGAAUAAAAGUAUAAAUGAUCAAACAAUCUGGUACACAUAAAGCAGUAAACUAACAGUAUAAAAUAAAGCUACAUCUAGAGUUUUCCAACCUAAAUUCAGAUCAUUGUACAUUUUCCAAAGCAGUCUUUAGACCACCAAGUGAGAAUUGUAAUUUAGUGUGGAAGAAUGGCAUAUUCGGAGCAGUAAUAUGUUCUGGGGCAGUGUUAAUAAGAACAUCCCACAUUUAUUACCAUCACAACCCUGGUAUUUUGUGUCAUCUGGGUUAAAUCCCAGUUACAUGGAUGUUAUUCGCUCUGCAAUACACAAACUCCUUAAAUGUAGAGCUUUUAAAUAAGGAAGUCAUGUAACCGCGGGCCAACUCGGUUGAAUAGACAUGAAACAUUGAAAUCGAUUGAACCCACCUCACUUUAAGUCAACAUAUCUUAAAAAUUGGCAAAGAGACUUGAUCAGGAAAAUGUUACCAUAAAAUUCAAUAUAGUUAUCUACACCCUUCAAUGGAGGGCUGUUGGUUUUAUGAAAUAUUUUUACCUGUGCGUUUACUAGCUGGCCCAGUAGCUGGUUGUGGAGGUGCACAGGCCAUCUAGGAGAUGGAAAAUACCAAUUCUGAGAUUAAACUCAUUGGUAGACAAUAGAAAGAAUGGUGCUUAAAUGUUCACUUUAAUUGCAUGUCUUUAAUUGCAUAUUAUCAGCCAACCUGAAAUAUCUACAUAAAAACAGAAUGGGCACUGUUCAUAAGUCAUUGGAACAGAAUUUGGCCCAUCUAGUCUUCUGAACCCCAUUUUCCUGCCUUUUCCCCAUAACCCUUGACACCCUUACUAAUCAAGAAUCUCUCAAUCUCCGCCUUAAAAAUACCCAAUGACUGAAUGAUUCCCUGAUACCAAACAGUAAAUUUAAACUUCAACCAAUUCACUGUCAGCUUGAACUCCGAUUGAGGCUGAGCUAGAGUUGCGAAUGGAACAGUUGCGGUGGUUGUGAAGCCACUGAAGGCUGAGUUUGCAAUGGAACAGAUACCAUUUCACUCACUUUAGCCAUUGACCCAUUAGCCGCUGUUUACAACUCAUCCUUCAUCUCAGUGGAUUUUUGUCAAACUCACAUAAUUAACAAACUCAUGUUGAUUGGUUAUAAGAAUGAUUAAAUCACCAAUUAUCCAUAAUGAUAUGGCCUUUCAAUUCUCAAUCAUGAAGUGGUUAUAAAAAUAGAUCGGUCGGUGUUCAAAGCUUCACUGCAUUUUAGAAUCCUAUUAUUUAUUGAUGAGGCAGCAUCAGGAUUCAUUAAUAAAAUCAUGGAUAUAUUUCCAAUCUCAUCUUUAGUUCAAAAGCAUUGACUUUGGGUGACAUGCCUUAAUGAUGUGGAAUGUUACACAGAAGAACUGUCAUAAUACCACACAGAUUCCAUGGUUCUUUGUAUAAAUACACGUGCAUCUUAUGAAUAUCAUUAAAGAUACAAUUAAAUUCUAGUUCAAUUUUACUCAGAGGUAAUAUAAGUAGUCGACAGCCAAUUAUAAAAACGUGAAAUGUUUCAAUAGCUGUUGCAGGUUUCCCUCUCACUGCAUCUGACAUAUCCUUAUUUGUUUCAGGAUUUAAUUUCCUUUUAUUUCAAUAUUGUAUUAUAAUAUAUUACAAUUUAUUUAGUUUGUGCAAUUUGGCAUAAUAACAAGACGCUAUCUAAACUUUCUCAAACAAGGUAUUGGCAGAGUAAACCAGCAAUUGCUACUAGGCAAUGAAAGAUGUAACGUCUAUUCAGUAUAUGAGCUCAUGACUCACCAACUCUGUGUUUCUGAGGUGCUACUACAUGUAUUGUAAAUUAGGAUGGAAAGAAAGUGUAAAUUUCAUAUUUUGUAAAAAAAUCUUUUCUUUUAGCAUUUCUGUACAGUAAAUGAAAGUUUAAAAAAAUUGUGCGUCCUGCAUGCAACUGCUGAAUGUUGUAUUUGUCCGUAUAUUGUAUGUAUCGAGUUCAUUUCUUACAUCUAUACUCAAUGCAAAAGAAAUCUUAAUGUUUUCUAAGUGAAGGAAUUGUAUGUAGUUAGGUGAUAUUACAUAUUUAUCUAAUAAAUGUGCAUUCACAUAACAAUACAUCUUCAUUAAAACUGUUGACAGAAAUGAAAA